AUGAAAUAUAAUUAUUUAAUUUACGGAGAUACAUUCUCUUGUCUUGAUGGUGUUUCAUUUCAAUGGAUUAUUACAGAUCGUUUUGGAGAUACAUUCUCUUGUCUUGAUGGUGUUUCAUUUCAAUGGAUUAUUACAGAUCGUUUUGGUAAACCAUCCGAAAAUAAUGUUUUGCGAUUUUUAAAGUUUGCUGAUUCUGCAUUUAAAACUCCUCCUGCUAUUGAUUUUUGGGAACAACAGGGAUUGCAUGGAUCAAAAGUGUUAUUAGAAGGAGUCAAAACAGGUACAGCAAAAGCAAGUGUACGACUACGUGAUUCAGAUUAUAAGGAUCUUCAAUCAUCAGAGAUAACAUUAAUUGUUGUUGCAAAUUUAGUUCUUAAUCCACCUUCUGAUGUGUACAUAUUACCUGAAAUGACAAUUCAAUAUCAGGUAGAAUUAAUAAAGCAAAGAAAAGCUCAUAGUAAGUAA